AUGGCGUCGAAGAACGACGAUGAUAUGCCCGUUAUGACUCGUCGAGCAGCAGUUCCACCAGAUGAUACGUCUUUCUGGCCAGAAAUCGAAACUGAAGAGCGUGGCAUCUCUACACCGUGGACGCAAGCCAUAAAGGAUGUUAUCAAAUUUCUCGAUGUUGAAGAGCCGUACAGCGCAGAAGCAGACGAAGAUGGCAUCCAGUUGGCCGAAUUUCUUAUCCAAAAUGCCGAUAUUUCGGUUGCAAUUAACAGCAAAAAAAGCGAGCUGAUAGCCAAGAGUGGGUUCGAUGAAGUGCAAGUAACUUACUUCAAGAACUGGGCGGGAACACUACGGGGGUUGGUUCUGUACGCGCGCCCAACCUACAUACGCGACGUGAAAAAACUGGUGAAGGCUUGCGGAGAAUUGAGAAUCAAGGUUGGUUGUGGGGGAUCGUACCAUACCUGGGCUCCUCUCUACCCUGAUCCAAGCACCAAAACCCAGUUCAGCUUGCUGAUCAGCAACUGUGAGCUCCAGUUGGAGUUCAAACUUUUUGAUGUUGAUCGACUUUUAACUCCUCGCAUUGAUUAUGAUAAAGACAAGAAUGAGGUGAUAAUCUCCCCUGGAGUGACAACUGGAGAGCAACUGAAGCUGUUCAUGGACAAAAAAGUCUGCUGA